AUGCACUUUGCUCUCUCAAACUCCCCCAUUUCUUCUUCCUUUCCAUCUCCUUCGUCUCCUCUCGCAUCUCCAGAAGAAGCAAGACCAUGGCAAUGGCGAUGCUGAAGCGGGGCUCGAUCUCGACCUCGAGACUCCUCUCCUCCGCCGCCGGGAGGGGCCCCGCCGCCGCGGCGGCGGCAGCCCUAGGACCGGCGGGCGCGGCGGCGGCGGCGGCGGCUCGCCGGAGCUACAGCUUGAUACCGAUGGUGAUCGAGCACUCGUCGCGGGGCGAGCGGGCGUACGACAUCUUCUCCCGCCUCCUCAAGGAGCGCAUCGUCUGCAUCAACGGCCCCAUCUCCGACGACACCGCCCACGUCGUCGUCGCCCAGCUCCUCUUCCUCGAGUCCGAGAACCCUUCCAAGCCCAUCCACAUGUACCUCAACUCCCCGGCGGCCUGCUCUGUUGCAGGUCUUGCAAUUUAUGAUACCAUGCAGUAUAUUAAAUCUCCUAUCAAUACUAUUUGUUUGGGUCAAGCUGCAUCCAUGGGUUCUCUCCUUCUAUCUGCCGGUGCCAAGGGCGAGAGACGGUCUCUGCCAAAUGCAACUAUUAUGAUUCAUCAGCCUUCUGGCGGCUAUAGUGGCCAGGCUAAGGAUAUGACAAUUCACACUAAGCAAAUAAUUCGGGUUUGGGACUCACUAAAUGCGCUGUAUGCUAAACAUACUGGACAAUCAGUUGAUGUUAUUCAGAAGAAUAUGGACAGAGAUUAUUUUAUGACCCCAGGAGAGGCAAAGGAGUUCGGGAUCAUUGACGAAGUUAUUGAUCAGAGACCAAUGGCUUUGGUGACAGAUGCUGUUGGCCAAGAAGGCAAAGACAAAGAUAAAAGCUCAAGCUAGGAUUCUUGCUUAAGUUAAUUCACUUUUUGAACGGUUUUACAAUGUUCACAGUAGAAUUCUUGUUUUUACUUUAGCUAAGAUGAUAUUGUUUUGUUUCUGAGAUCUAUAGACGGUGAGUAGGUCAAUUGAUGUGUGAACUAGAUCUUUUACCGUACGUGCAUACAUCUUUUCAGCCAUCUUCCUGAAGAGAAUUUGGUAGCGUGAAAUGCUUUCUUGGCAGCCAUUUCACUUUAAAAUAAUUACGAUGGUAAUUGAAAGGCAUAGGACUUGGAUCGUA